CGAUGUCACACGCUGCGGUCACUCCUCCAUCCAUCGGUCUCCUCUCCGGCCGCCGGAGCAACCGAUCGAGGCUGGGCGAGCGGCGUCACUUCCGUAUCGGUGAUGGAGAACUUGCGGGAGGGAGACGACCACCUGCAACUGCAAGGGGACGACGAGCUGUUCCGUCACUUCCAGUAUAUGCAGUCUCCGCCGCUGAUGGAGCAGCAGCAGCCGCAGUCGUCGACGUGCGACGCUGCGGCUGAUCAUCUGGGUGGCCAGCCGGGGAUGCCCAUGCCCGGGCUGGUGGACUGGGCGUCUCUGCUUCUCCCGCUGGGGCCGGGCGCCGCCGCCGGGUCGACUUCGCAGCAGGUGGCGGCCGGUGUGGGCAGGGAGGAGAUGGUGAGCGGGGCGGCGCCGCCGCCGCCGCCGGAGAGUGGUGCAGGGAGCAGUAGUGGCGUGGGAAGGGAGGAGACGAAAGGGAAGGGCAGUGCGCGCGGGCGGGGGAGCAGGAAGGCGAGCCGGCCGCGGUUCGCGUUCCAGACCAAGAGCGAGAACGACGUCCUCGACGACGGCUACCGGUGGAGGAAGUACGGCCAGAAGGCCGUCAAGAACAGCGCCUUCCCCAGGAGCUACUACCGGUGCACGCACCACACAUGCAACGUGAAGAAGCAGGUGCAGCGGCUGGCCAAGGACACGAGCAUCGUGGUGACCACGUACGAGGGCGUCCACAACCACCCCUGCGAGAAGCUCAUGGAGGCCCUCAACCCCAUCCUCAGGCAGCUUCAGUUCCUCUCACAGCUCUAACCAAUCAACCGUCUGCAUGUGGAGGAAUGCGUACGAGAGUACGUACGUGACCUACAGCCCAGCAUACUCAGUUCGGGAAGAGAAGGGAUAACAUGUCCUACCUCCCAGUUACUCACUAUACAACUGAUCUCUCUCCAUGUAUGUUGUAUGUACUUACUCUUGUUUACAUGCAUGUAGAGAUGAAGAUGCAUGUGAUUCCAUGCUAAAAUACAUGUAUGAUAUGAUACAUAUAUAGUCGCCCUUGUAAUUUGGUCGUUUAAAUUGAUAACACAUUUACAAAUUAUCUAUUUGUCAUGGUUGCUUAUUUUUGUGGUUAAAGAAGAUA